AUGAAGUGGAGUCCAGUUUGCCUCAUGGCAGUGGCCAUGCUUAUCGGUCUAGGUGACGCUCAAUACCAGACUACCCAACCCCUUCCUCAGUGGCCUGCCCAUCCCCUUCCUCAGAGGCCUACCCAACCCCUUCCUCAGAGGCCUACCCAACCCCUUCCUCAGAGGCCUACCCAACCCCUUCCUCAGAGGCCUACCCAACCCCUUCCUCAGAGGCCUACCCAACCCCUUCCUCUGUGGCCUACCCAACCCCUUCCUCAGUGGCCUGCCCAACCCCUCCCUCAGUGGCCUACCCAACCUCUUCCUCAGAGGCCUGCCCAAACCCUUCCCCAGAGGCCUGCCCAACCACUCCCCGAGAGGCCAGCACAACCCCUUACUCAGAGGCCUGCCCAACCCCUUCCUCAGAGGCCUGCCCAACCCUCUCCUCAGUGGCCAGCCCAACCCCUUCCUCAGAGGCCCACCCAAACCCUUCCUCAGAGGCCAGACCAUCCCCUUCCUCAAAGGCCCGCCCAACCCCUUCCUCACUGGUCAACCCAACCCCUUCCUCAGUGGCCCACUCAAACAAAGCAGACCUGUGAUGUUGAGGGCAAUGACAAGGUGCAAUGUGGACUUCCUGACAUCACUGGUGCCAAAUGUGAGGCCAUAAACUGCUGUUUCGAUGGGCGUAUGUGCUUCUAUGGGAAAGCAGUGACUGUCCAGUGUACCAGGGAUGGACAGUUUGUGGUGGUGGUUGCCAGGGAUGCCACUUUGCCCAACCUGGAGCUAGAUUCUAUCAGCCUGCUGGGGGGGAACGAAGCACACUGCACCCCUGUCGGCAUCACUUCUGCUUUUGCCAUCUACCAAUUCAAAGUCACUGAAUGUGGAACUGUGGUAACGGAGGAACCUGGUACUAUUUUCUAUGAGAACAGGAUGUCCUCCUCAGUGGAGAUGGGACCCCUCGGCACCAUCACCAGGGAUAGCCAAUUUAAUCUAAUAUUCCAGUGCAUAUAUAGGGGCACCAUGAUUGAGGCUCUUGUGAUUGAGGUGAAGCAGGUGCCUCCCCCAAUUCUUCUUCCAGCUCCUGGACCCCUCAGAGUUGAGCUCAGACUGGCCAAUGGAAUAUGCCUCACCAAGGGAUGUAAGGAAGAGGAGGCGGCCUACACCUCUUACUACACGGAGGCAGACUACCCUGUCACCAAGUUCCUCAGGGAUCCCGUGUACGCUGAGGUUCACAUCCUGGAGAGGACAGAUCCCAACAUUGUGCUGACCCUGGGUCGCUGCUGGGCCACCACAAACCCCGACCCUCUCAGCUUACCCCAGUGGAACCUUAUCAUUUCUGGAUGUCCGUACAAGGAUGACCGUUACCUGACCAUGCCCAUCCCUGUGGAAGCCUCCUCUGGUCUGUCCUUCCCAACCCACUACAGGCGCUUUGUCCUCAAGAUGUUCACCUUUGUGGAUUCGACAUCUAUGUCUCCCCUGAGGGAGAGGAUGUUCAUCCAUUGUAAUACAGAUUUGUGCCAGCCAUACCAGGAAAAUUGGUACUGUGUACCAAGAUGCUUCAGAACGAGGAGACACAUUGCCAAUGCAGUUCAGAAGAUCACCAGAAGCGAGUCUACUUUGGUUUCCAGUGGCGAACUGAUCCUGACUCAAGCAAGCCCACCAACGAGAAUAUUGGUUGACUGAAUACCAGCACUUUGCAGGCCAUUGGCCAGUGGAUAAAUUGGUCCAAUUUGGGGUUGAUUUAAUGGAAUUAAAUUGUUCCCCAAAAGCCCCUGACCAAAUUUAUAUUUGGUGAGGCUGUUUUUCACACCUUUAGCGAAAUAUCUUGUAUGGAAGUCUAUGCAAUAUAAUGUUUACAGGCUGAUAAAGGAAUGUUGAGACAA